CAUGUGGUAUUUGUAUUGAAAAAUGUUUGAUUUUAAAAGAUGCAAUUGCAACCGCUAUCAUGUGUACAGGUAGAAGCAGGGGCGGACUGACAAUGGGGCCCCCGGGCAAUAGGGGAUCAUGGGGCCCCUGUGUCCUCGCCCACACUCAAAAAAGCCUAUGAAAGGUGCCAGGGGCACCUCAUGGGGCCCCUUACUGACCCCGGGCCCUCGGGCAGUGCCCGAGAAUCCCAAUGGUCAGUCCGCUCCUGGGUAGAAAUA